AUGAAGCGGCAGCCCGUCCAAAGAAAAAGCAACGAAAACUUCAACUCCACUCCAGCUUUACCGAUCAUUCGUGAUCUUCCUCCGGAGGCUCCAACGUCAGAUGAUUCUGACGUAGAACGACGUCGACGCCUUUCACCCUCGGACAAUCGACCAGCACCUCCGGCAGCCGCUAAUCCAAGUGCUCCUGUUACCGUCCCUCCAAGACCAUCACCUUCCUUGGAACGUGCAGUGACAGUCUCUUCGCCAGCAGAAGCACCACCGAAUCCUGUGGUGCCCCCACGAUCUUCAGUCAACCAUCACCUACGACCUUGGACAGGCGCUGAAGAUCACGAGCUUGUCACUUUCAAAAGUGACGCACGGGCCAGACCCGCAUGGAAGACAAUUGGCUUCCGCCUCAAGCGGGAUCCGGAAGCCUGUAAAGCAUGUUGGCUAGUGCUGAGACAGAACAUGCCCGGGCUUAAUCCCCGCACCGAACCGGAAGCGGAAGGUGGAACUGCACACCGGCUCUUCGCCGAAUCCGGAGAGUUCUCAUCCUUGUGGUGCUCGAAGAUCAGAUUAUCUGAUCUUCGAGCACCUGAAGAGAUGGCACUGUUCACUUAUGCUACUUAUGCUCGACUCCUGAACCCAAGCCAAAUCCAGACCACAUCAGUUGGUGAUCUUUUGUACAAUAUCAGCCAAUACAUCUUUAAUACAUGGGGUGUCACCAUUGACGCUGACACCAUGGACCUUCGCUGGAGUGACCAAACAGGCGACACCUUUGCUCUUCGUCCUCAACACGUCAUCAGCCGCCUUCUCCUUGAAAAUCGUCCCAACUGGGCACAAGCCCAGGAAAUAGGUCCCAAUGCCCAAAGACAGUUCACGGUCACAGAAAUCGAUGCCGAAGGCACCGAGAGAUUGCGACGUCCAGAGUUCUUCUUCCAUGGAAUUGUUGGUCAUGUGAAGGACAUAUGGGGCUAUCGAAUCAAUGGAUGGAAAGAGGCAGCACGCCUAGCCAACUACUGGCGCAGAUACUUCGACAUUGAGGAUCCUGAGUUCAAUGCUCCGAUCCUCGAGACGAAACGGGUGAACAAGGAAGCAGAGGCUGAACCAUUUGAUUUCGCUGCGCUGGCAGGGAUUGACGCGGAAAGCCAUGGCUUACUACCGCAUGCAUAUUUCUGGACUGGAUGGAUGGAUGCGGCUCGCAUUCUCUCUGCCUUCAAUGUGAUUUGCACAGCAGCAAUGGCCCUAAGUGGUGGAGGCAAUGGUGGUAACCAAGACAUCGUGAAAGGUGCUGGCGCCAUCACUGAUGCAUUGGAGUUUCAAAGAAAGGCCACUGCAUUUAGCUUCUUUGAAGCUUGCCUGAAGAAUGGAGGCCAGCACUUCUUGCUUCUGUUCGAAAAAGGUCCACCAGUGGCACAAGCACAUGUGCCCGAGUUGGACCAGAUGCCUCAUCCCUCCCUCUACUACCAGGCCAUUGACAGCACCUUCCAAGAUCCGUCCAUCUUCGAACCAGUAGCCCCAUGGGAAGUCCUCUAUCGCCAGCCCUUUGCCUUAUGGUUGGGCUUCGUCUACCCUACCGGGCACAUCAGCAGCACAGGGCUUCUUCCCACCAGCUCCAUUUGGCUACUCCUCAUCGGCACCAGCUAUUCCAAUGCCAAUCUCCACUCCGACCUGGCAUCAACAAGUGAUGAUGAUGCAGCAAUCUCAGACCUAGCAGACGAUACUUCCGUGGCAGUUGAAACAGGCCAUAUGCCUGUUCCAAGUCAGAGCAACCAAUUGGCCACUGUCUUGCACAACAUCCUGAUUGCGGAUCUCGAAUACAAUGCUCCUCAUGCCAAUAUCCGUGAUGAUGAUGCAGCAAUCUCAGACCUAGCAGACGAUACUUCCGUGGCAGUUGAAACAGGCCACAUGCCUGUUCCAAGUCAGAGCAACCAAUUGGCCACUGUCUUGUACAACAUCCUGAUUGCGGAUCGUGAAUACAAUGCUCCGAUCCCCGAGAAGAUUGAAGACUUUGAGGACGAGACCUUUAGCAAUGCCAUCGAAAAGUCGGUCUUUUUCAUAUUGGUGUCAUCCACCUACGGUGCAGGCUCAGCCCCACCAAGUGCUGCAAAAUUUUUGGCGUGGCUGCGGAACAACAAGGCCGGCAACUCUGCCGUCGUGGUGGAGAAGAAGCCUUAUGGCAUAAUAGGCCUCGGAGACUCCAGCUAUCCACGUUUUUGUGCUGCGGUGGACAUCUAUGAGACGCUUCUGCUCGACCGCGGCGCAGGUCCGUGCUUGCUUCCAUCUGCGAAGUGCAAUGCCAAACUCAACGAAGAGAUCAGCUUCUGGGAUUGGGUCGACGACCUCCUCAGCGAGUUGUCUGGAUCUGGCAGCUUCUUGAAGGGCAAGGACCCAAUGCUCGAGAACCUCAUCAGCCAGGCUGAUGCUGAAGAAGCGCAGAAGACAAUCCCAAAUCGACGAGGCACCGGGAAAGAGAUCAAGUUCGAGAAGAAGUUCAUCUUGGUUCAGUUAGAUCAUGGACAUAUGACUGCCGGGGUCAACACCGGGCGCUGCCAGGCCAAGGUUCUGAGCAACGACACUCUCCAAGACCAGAAAGGACACGGCGUUGUUUCUCGAGUGACGAUCGAUAAGGGGCCCCGGCAGGAGUACUUUGCAGGUGAUGAAAUCCAAAUUUUCGCCCAAAAUUCGGACAAAGAUGUGGAAAUUUUUGCAAAGCACUUCGAUGCUUUACCGAAAAAUUUGGACAACCAAUUCUUGUUGUCAGGGUCGGAGAGCGACUUGCCCCUGCCCAACACUCACAGAUACAUUCUGAAGCGCUACAUUGCCUUGCAUGAUGAGCUGAUGUUUAGUGAGAUUCAAGUUCUUGCGUGCCUGAGCGAUGAUGCAAACCUCAAGCGCUUGGUUUUGGAUUACGAUGCCUUCAACACCUUCCAAAUCCACCGCCAUGUGCGAUGGCUGGACAUGUUCAAUGAGUUUCCUGCUUUGUGGGGCCGGAUUUCUGUGGAAAUCCUUUAUCAAGUUGCGCCUCGCAUUCGGCCUCGCUAUUAUUCGAUUUCAUCGGCGCCACACUCCUCACCAAAUCUUGUGGUGCCUUGGAGCGAGCAUGAAAUUUUGCAAGAGUUUUUCAUGGCUUGUCUUACUGAAGGAUGA